AUGCUCGCGAUGGAACCGGCUUACUGUGAAGGGUUCCAGGCGUUGCUGGAUCCGAGCAAGUCCGCUUUUGUGAGCCCUCAGGCGGCACUCGACAUAAUCAAGCAGUUCCAGCAGCGUGCAAAUGGCGGCAUAAGCUUAGAGCAACUGCUUUUCCUCACCGGCAACGACAGGGCCAUGCGUGUGAGAGCUCUCGACCCAGCAAGGACCAACGACGAGAAGGCCAUUGCGCGCGAGAAGACGCUGAAUGCCCGGCACGUGUUCUUCCUGCAACACGUCAUAGGGCUGCUUCAAGCUCGGCUGGCCAGUGAUGCUGUGCUGCAAUCUCUCACGCCCCUUUUCCCAGACUCGAAUGCUGCUGUGCUGAGUCUCUUGCCGGGGACCGUCCGUGGACCUAAGUCGCAGGACACGUCUCCAACCCGAAAGCUCUUCUGGAUAUCCUGA